AUUUGGCAUGCGCAUAAUAAUACCGAGGAAGAAAAGCAGCAGUGUUUAACCGACGGCAUUAAAAUUGUAAACAUAAGCAACCUGGACGACUUUUCUGCGUCGUUGGGAUGGAAAUAUAAGGUUAACCUCAAGGUGUGGGACCAAACAUUAUUCUUCAGUGCAUGGACGCAAAGCCAAUGCGCAGGGCCACCAGCGCACGCCAAGACGCCACUGGAAUGGACAUUACCAGCCGCUGUACUCUGGGGGACCCCAACAAGCUCCCUGAAGGGGUCCCCCAGCCUGCACGCAUGCCCUAUGUCUCGGACAAACACCCGCGGCAGACCCUGGAGGUGAUCAACCUGUUGAGAAAACACCGUGAGCUCUGUGACGUGGUGCUGGUGGUGGGUGCUAAAAAGAUUUACGCCCACCGUGUGAUCCUGUCUGCCUGCAGCCCGUACUUCAGGGCGAUGUUCACUGGAGAGCUGGCAGAGAGCAGGCAGACUGAAGUGGUUAUCCGCGACAUCGAUGAGAGAGCCAUGGAGCUGCUCAUUGACUUUGCCUACACUUCACAGGUGACUGUAGAGGAGGGAAACGUCCAGACGCUGCUCCCCGCCGCCUGCCUUCUCCAGCUGGCUGAGAUCCAGGAGGCCUGCUGCGAGUUCCUCAAGAGACAGCUGGAUCCCUCUAACUGUCUGGGCAUUAGGGCCUUCGCAGACACGCACUCCUGCCGCGAGCUACUCCGCAUUGCAGACAAGUUCACCCAGCACAAUUUUCAGGAGGUAAUGGAGAGUGAAGAGUUCAUGCUGUUGCCUGCCAACCAGCUGAUUGACAUCAUUUCCAGUGAUGAGCUCAAUGUGCGGAGCGAGGAGCAGGUUUUCAAUGCCGUGAUGGCCUGGGUGAAAUACAGUAUCCAGGAGCGCAGACCGCAGCUACCCCAGGUCCUGCAGCACGUCCGUCUGCCCCUGCUCAGCCCCAAGUUCCUGGUGGGCACCGUUGGGUCAGACCCUCUCAUUAAGAGUGACGAGGAGUGCAGAGACCUGGUUGAUGAAGCUAAGAAUUACCUGCUGCUGCCUCAGGAGAGGCCACUGAUGCAGGGCCCCAGAACCCGGCCGAGGAAACCUAUCCGCUGUGGAGAGGUACUCUUUGCAGUUGGUGGUUGGUGCAGCGGUGACGCCAUUUCGAGUGUGGAGCGUUACGACCCCCAGACUAACGAAUGGCGGAUGGUAGCGUCGAUGAGUAAACGUCGAUGUGGAGUUGGUGUCAGUGUUCUGGAUGAUUUGCUGUAUGCGGUGGGGGGUCAUGAUGGCUCAUCAUACCUCAAUUCCGUGGAGAGAUAUGAUCCGAAGACCAAUCAGUGGAGCAGUGAUGUAGCCCCCACUAGCACCUGUCGUACCAGUGUGGGGGUGGCUGUCCUCGGUGGUUAUCUGUACGCUGUAGGGGGACAGGAUGGGGUUUCCUGUCUCAACAUUGUAGAAAGGUAUGAUCCAAAGGAGAACAAAUGGACUCGUGUGGCAUCCAUGAGCACCAGGCGACUGGGCGUAGCUGUGGCUGUGCUGGGGGGGUUCCUUUACGCUGUAGGAGGGUCUGAUGGGACGUCACCUUUAAAUACAGUGGAACGUUACAACCCUCAAGAGAACCGCUGGCACACAGUGUCUCCCAUGGGAACCAGGAGGAAGCACCUCGGCUGUGCCGUUUACCAGGACAUGAUUUACUCUGUCGGGGGGAGAGACGACACCACAGAGCUGAGCAGUGCAGAGCGAUACAACCCCAGGACCAACCAGUGGUCUCCUGUAGUGGCCAUGACGUCCAGGCGGAGCGGGGUGGGCUUGGCUGUGGUGAAUGGUCAGCUGAUGGCAGUGGGAGGCUUUGAUGGGACGACGUAUCUGAAAACUAUAGAAGUCUACGAUCCCGAUGCCAACACGUGGAGGUUGUACGGAGGAAUGAACUACCGCCGGCUAGGUGGAGGGGUGGGCGUCAUAAAAAUGACUCACUGUGAAUCCCACAUAUGGUAACACCAACCCCCGCCACCACACACACACACACUCACACGCUUCUCAUCACCGCGCAAUGGAUGCCUCUUUUCACCAACUCUCGUGCCUCCAAAAGAGACGCUGUAAUGAAUGCGAGGAUGAGAAAAACGUGGGGGGAGACGAGACGGAAAGAGGAACGAACUUUGAACUCUUGCUCAUCCCCAACCCCUCUCUGAGGUCACUAACUUUGGAUUACCCUGCUAUCAUGGAUUGACCGCAGUCACCACGAAGUGCACUGAGAGCAGAAGUCGACCAAGAACCAUUAAGCUUCCAGUUUGGCGAGGACAGUCCUUCUCCUGUGACCUCUCAAAGUUUUUAUCCUCCAAGCCUUUCGGUCUGGGACAUUUGGUUUUGGCUCGUGUGAUGGCCGGAACUCAACUUGGGGAGAUUAGGUUACAAUUCUGAGAUUUAAAAAGUUCAAAUGCAUCAGGUCACUGGGAGAGGGUUUUUCAGUCUUCCAACUGUGAAAGCCUCCAUCACUAUCCCUUGUCCUAAAACCCCAUCCACCAGAUUGUGGCUGCUCACCACCACCCUCAAUGAGUUAAAAACAGCCAUCAGGACAGCAAACCCUCUGUUCAUUGUGUGAAAUCCAUUAUUUCCUGGAGACACGGCAUUGCAUACUGACUGUCAGAGGUAAAUCUCUCAUUCAUUUUCUACUUUGCUCUAGGCUUCGAAGCAUACGUCUUAGCUGUGGCUGUUGUGUCUCUGGGCCUCGUGUGUAGCAUUGAACAGUAGAAAGCUGUCAGGCAGUUACCUUCUGAAGACGUCUAUACAUCUGGGAUACCCAGAGAGGAAAAACCUAAUUUAUUUUACCAAUAACGGCCACCAGGGAAGAUGGGUAGCAUUAGAAGAGUGUGUAUGAGGGAGUCACUGCUACUCAACAUUUCCUUCCAAACUUUCUGUUGUUGAACGGGGCUCUGCUGCUGCACUUUACAGGAGGUUUUGUUUGCUACCUUGGAUGUUUGAAGAUUUCAGUUCGGAUGCCGACGGUAUGGUUAAAGGAAUACACUACACGGCCUGCUAGUCGACUUAGCCCCUUAGUGGAAAGAACUCAGACACCGAAAUCAUCCAACUGUGUCACUGGUGUAUUGCUGGUUCCUGAAGGCCUCAGUAUGCUUCAAACAAGCUCAUGGCUUCGCAUUGUCACACAUAGUUAUGGGCUGAAAUUCCAUUAUUGGAACAAUAACAAUAAUAACAUUUUCUUGCGUAUCGUCCAGAGAUAUCCCGCAUUCUUACUUUAUAUCAACACUCAGCGGCCUGCUGCAUUGCCUCCACAUUGCUCCGUCACCCCACCUCUCCCGUUUUUCUUCAAGAAUACUUUUCUUUUGCGUAUCGUUGUUGUCUGGACACGAUAAAGUAAGCGCACGAACAGGCAUUUUCUGUCUCCUCAAAGGUAUUGAUGGUGUUGCACUCUGCUGUACAUUCUAAUAUUGUCGUUCAAAGUUCAAACCCCGCCUACUUUCACACGUCCACACACCUAAUCAGUUGUUGUGCAGCGUGGGGAUGAUUGUCAUACUGUCUGGUCCAAAAAGUUACAAAAAUUGUCCCCUCGGUUCUAUUUUAGACCCUGUUAGAUGAUCUGAUAAGCACUUUGUUUGAAGCAUACUGAGACCUUAACAGUGUCAUAGACUGCAUUUGACAGUAGUAUUUGUGGCUAGCUUUACGUUAAUGGUGGAAAUGAUAUUCUUUAUUGUUGUUUUGUCAACAAAUCUCACAGAAAUACCAAAACCAACAACGUGUUAGUCCGUCAGUCACUCAUUGUAGCUUUCCUAGACUGUGUGUGGUACUCCAAUCCCAUUCAGCCCUACAGAUGUCUUUCAAUCUUUGAAAACAAAUAUUGUAAAUAUAUCGUUCAAUUCAAAAAAAAAAAUUACCUAAAACAGCUGUCAAACAUUACUCGGACAGGAGGAAAUAGUACAUUUGUUGCGGACUACUUUCAGCUGCGGAUUAAUCCACAUUUGGGGCUGUAGUGAGCAUUUGGGGCAGUGGGACGGUGUGAGUGGGACUGAGUCAAAAUAACCGACAGAGUGUGUGUUCAUGGUAAUGAAGGAACAUGUCACCCAGUGCGACAGUGUGGUUUACUGAUGUGUUUUAUAGGUUUUGGACAAUAAUGGAGCUCUAAGGCACCAAGAGAUAAGAUAUAUCAGGCUUUGAAUACACACACUAUACUUGUUAGUACGAUACAUUCAUUGUCGUUUUGGGACUGCACAUCAGGUUUGUUGACAAGAAGAAGAAUAUCAUCUAACCCUUUAACACCAAUUGCAGUCAUUUUAAAGCCAUCAUAAAUGCUGUCCAUGUUGUCGAUUGGAAAUUGAAAUACAACACAAACAUUCUGCUUUAAAAUACUUGAUUACUUCUGGCAAAUUGUGUGUUGAUAGCUGAGGUCAUAAAAUCCUUUACACACGUUUUUGCUUUGACACGUAACACUGGAGCCAGUGAUCUACUUUGGACACAGAUGAUUUUUGUGCAUGUGUAAUAUUAUGCAUUAUGUAAACUAACUUCCUUUCCCAAACUGAUUUUGUUUCUUCCUGAAUGCACUGUCAGAGGUGCAGCUGGCUGAACAGAGCAGAGCAAAGCUCAAUUCCACGAUGCAAGAAUUAAGUCCAGUGUCAAACUCAACAUUUGAUGAACAUUGUAAAUAAGUGUUUUAUGUCAGAACUGAAGCAGUUUUUCAGCUUUCCAUUUAAAAUGCUGAUCACCUCUGGGGGAUAGAUUUACCAUAACCUAGGCUUCCCCAAGGCCCGAGUUCAGUUCAGAAAUGUUAGGAGAAACUUUUGGACUCUCAGUCAUUUAUUAACAUGUCGGAUAGGGUUUGACCCACAUUUGACCCUCUGCUAAGCCCCGCCACCCUCAGGCACUGUUGCUAGGCCUGUCAAGCCUUCUGUUCUCACACUGGACAUAUGUAGUUUACAGUAGAAAAAGGUGGCAGAUAUACCUUCAAGAUUUGCAGUAAUCUGUGAAACACUAAGUUGUCUCCAAACGUCCCCAAACCAAACAAGGAGCAGGACUGAGCUGCUAUUAAUGCUCAUUUUAGUUGCACCUUGGCUCACAGAUUGACAUAUCCACAAACAGUGCAUGUAUCGGUCCUGGACAGGUAUUUCUCAAAUGUAUCCUGUAAUCCCACAAAAUAAUAUAGAAAGCUAAUGACAUGCCCAUUGCCUUUGGAUGUAAUGCUUUGUUUCCACAAUAGGUAGUAAGUUAGUAGGGCAGAUAUGCUAACAUUUGCAGCCUACAUUAGAGCGAUGAAGACAAAGAUUAAUCCAUGCCUCACACGUUUGCUCUUGUGUUUUAGGGGUUUGAAAGACUACCGAAAAGACACCCCCCUCCAAACACUUGAAACACUGAGUAUCGCUCUUCUUAGAGCCUCGUGCACACUGCAUCAAUGUGUAGAGAAAUGGAAAGCUUGACAAGCCCGAAGGUGCCUAGUUACACUCAUUGAGCUAUGAUUGGACAGUUGCUGGUAGAAUGGGGGGUUUAACGAUGGGUCAAUUCAGCAGUUUUAGGGUCCAGAAAGCCUGAGAAUUUGUGUUUGUUCCAUGAUAUCCCUGAUAACAAAAGCCAGGGAGCCAUUUUCUCAUUUAAAGUGGAGGAGAAUUAAACCUAGUUUUCUUAUUGGGUUUCUGUUACAUGCUUUACUCUUCUAGCAUCAAAGUCUGACCUCUGUCCUGCAACAAACUCAAAAUAGUUGUCAUGACAGCGGACUAAGGCAAAUGCAGUGAAGUGUAUUUAUCCCAGUUUGUUGUUCAAAGAAUGGCCACAUUAUUAUAAUUUGAAUCUGUACAUGCAUUAAUGAAGUAAACCUCCCUCUGCAGUAGUCACUGAUUGAUAUUAUCCACACAUUAAGGGGUCUGGAGACACAGGUCCUAUUUUCUGCCUUCACAGUUCCCCCCUUCUUGUUUACACGUCAUUGUAUGCAGCGCAGUAUAAUGGCACCACCUGCUGGAGGACAAUUUAAGUGCAGCACUGAUAUGAAUCAUAAAAAACCUUUUGCAGUUGUCUAAGCGGUUCCCGGUCAUACUGAUCUCAGCUCAGUGUGAGACAAAAGUGGAGACACUCUGAGUAGAAGGUGGAAUUGGUUUGGACGAAUCUCAGAAUUUAUUGCACUGUGAUUAUCUUUUUUUUUUUUUUUUAUCGUAUUUUAUAUGGCUGUUAUGGCUGUUCAGCUUUCCAGAUAUGGGGGAAAAAUGUAAAAUCCUAAUAAAUCCACCUGGGAAUCAGACAUUUCAGGCGUGGCGCUGAAUGACGGAUCUUUUUCACAGAUGCAACACAUGUCACUUGCUUUGUGUCACACACAGUUCAUCACUGCUCUGCACUUUAAAUCACAUGUGCAACAAAUGAAUUGCUGUAAUGACCGGCAAGUGACAGCACAUCCGAGGUGGUUUUCCAUGAGCACGCAGGUCUCAACCUGAAUAUUGGUGUUGAUGUUCAAUGAUAUGGCAACUGUAGAUUUUUGUUGGGUUUAGUUUUCUAUGCUAGUGGGAGGUUUCAAGCGGCAGGACGACUGUUCGUCUGAUCAUGCAAAACCUUCUGUUGAAAGUGUUUGUUUUUGGGAUGUUUUGCAGUCACACCUGCUGAUCCCCACUUGAAAUAUUGAAUUCAUUUCAUUGAAUUUUCUAAAGUGCUGACAUUGGAGAACAGCAAGGCUCUGUAACACAUCUUCCAUACUGACUUUGAUAAAUGCACAUUUUUCACCAAACAGAAUUGAACAAAAAACGAUGCAGCAUGGCCAACCGUGUAUACCUGCUUCUUGAAAACUGUCCCGAGAAUAUGUUGCUCCUCUUCACUGCCACAGAAUUCCAAGGAAGUCUCACUCAGCUUAAGAGUCCAUACAUGGUAUUUCCAGACGAGCCCUGUUACUGUUAAAUAGCUUUCCUUAAAAGUCAAAACACCAUGUUUUCAGCUUUGUGAUGGUGCAUUUUAAAAUUUUAAAUGGGUUAUUUCGCUUAAAGAGUAGAGCUGUUCAAGACACAGGUAACUCAUGGGUGAGACAUUUGACUUAACAAAUAGUGAUUGGGCUGUUCUGCACCAGUAAUACUGUAUUUGUUCUCCCAAACUGAGUGGACUUUCCCUUUACUCAUGUAAGCUACUAAUGAUGCAUUGUGAUAGUGAUGAACAGAAGUGGAGUUCAGUCAGUAGCCGAUAUUCAGUAUCUUGUUUUGAGUAGCCUCUGUGCAGUGUGUCCAACAUGUGACCCACACAUGGCUGUGAUCUCUGGUGUUUGUUUUCAUAUGUCAGACAGCCUCCUCUGAGCUGGGAUCACCACAGCAGCUCUGGACUCACCAUGUUCACUAUGACAAAGAUUAAAAUCUUUC